GCCCUUGAAGCCAAUAGCCUGAGCAGGAGGGCUGCUGUGUUCCUGGAGCCCAGCUCUGCCACGAGGACCUGAGCUGCAAUCAGAUCUCCGUGGCGGUGCUGCCAGGAUGGCAGAGGCAGGUGAGGCAGCCUCCUGUUAAAAGCCAAACAGGACAGCAGCAGCACUUGGAGCUGAUUCCUGACUGCAGGGAUCAGCUGCUGGGAACAACGGGGAGAGCCCUCGCCACCAGGCAGGUGUGUCCUUGUCCUUGGCGUGAUGGAGUCUUGCUGCCAGCUGUGGCUGUGGGCAUUAUUUGUCCUCCUGGCCUGCCCACAGCCAGGGGUAGCACAGUCAGCCUGCUCCCAUGGGGCCUGCUACCCCCCUGGGGGGGACCUCCUGCUGGGACGGGGCCAGCACCUGACGGCCUCCUCCACCUGUGGCCUCACCAAGCCUGAGACGUACUGCACACCGCAUGGAGAGUGGAACAUGAGAUGCUGUAAGUGCGACUCCCGGCUGCCGCACGCCCGCAAUGGGCACCGUGUGGCCAACAUGCUGUCCUCUGCUGGGCGUGCACGCUGGUGGCAAUCCCAGAGUGGCAUGGAGCACGUCUAUUUGCAGCUGGAUCUGGAUGAGAAGUUCCAGCUCAGCAGCAUUGUGCUGGAUUUCAGGUCACCACUGCCUGCUGCGAUGCUGAUUGAGCGCUCCACGGACUUUGGCAAGACAUGGGAGGUGUACCAAUACCUGGCCUCUGACUGUGCUGCUGCCUUCCCCCACAUCCCCCGCGGUGCCCCCGAGAGCUGGGGGGAUGCUCGGUGCCAGCCGCUGCAGGCCCAGCACGGGUACCCCAUGCAUGGAAGCAAGGUGAAAUUCAGUAUCCAAGAUCUGGCAUCUACCAUUACUACCUCUUACAGCCAGUCUGUCAAUAAGCUGGGGCAGUUCACCAACCUGAGGAUCAACUUCACCCAGCUCCCACACAUCAUGCACCACAACUACCGCUCGCCCAGCAGCUUCUAUGCAGUGACAGAAAUGCAGGUGCUGGGAAGCUGCUUCUGCAAUGGCCACGCCGACCGCUGUAUUGCUUCGAGAGACCCGCAUGCCAUGGUGCACGGGCGCUGUGAAUGCCAGCACAACACUGCUGGCCCCAACUGUGGCCACUGUGCUGCCCUCUACAAUGACCGCCCCUGGGCCCCCGCGGAGGACAACGACCCCCAUGAGUGCCAGUUGUGUAACUGCAACGGCCACUCGGCCUCCUGCCACUUCGACCCGGAGGUUUUCCACUCCAGUGGUGGGGUGAGUGGGGGUGUCUGCGAUGACUGCCAGCACAACACAGAGGGGAACAACUGCGAGCGCUGCAAAACCAACUAUUUCCGCAACCAGCGGCAGGAUCUCACCCAUCCUGAAGCCUGCCAGCCCUGUGAGUGUGACCCGGACGGCACGGUGCCAGGCUCCGUCUGCGACCCGCUGUCGGGGCACUGUGUCUGCAAGGAAAACGUGCAGGGAGAGCGAUGCCACCUCUGCAAGCCAGGCUUCGCCCAGCUGGCCCAUGCCAACCCCCUGGGCUGCCGCAGAUGCGCCUGCAACGUGCUGGGAACACGGCAGAAUGUGCCCUGCGAUGAUGAGACGGGGAGCUGCUCCUGCCUGCCCAACGUGGUGGGCACCGACUGUGACCAGUGUGCAGCUGGGCACUGGGACAUGGCGAGUGGCCGGGGCUGCCGGCCCUGCGAGUGCAACCCCAGUGGUUCCCACAGCAUCCACUGCAACCAGUUCACAGGACAGUGCCAGUGCAGAGAAGGCUUCACGGGACGGACGUGCUCUGCUGCGCAGCAGCAGGUCUGCCCAGAUAGGCACUUUGGAGACGUCAGGGUAGGCUGCACAGAGUGCAACUGUGACUUCCAGGGCACCGAGGACGUGGGGUGUGACAAAUCCACAGGCCACUGCCUCUGCCGCCCAGGUGUCACCGGCCCCCGCUGUGACCAGUGCCAACGGGACCACUGCAGCACCUACCCCAGCUGUGAGCCGUGCCACCCCUGCUUCCACACCUACGAUGGUGACAUCCAGCGGCUGCGGUUGCGCCUGCAGCAGGCCAGCCUGAGCAACUCCAGCAUAGGGCUGCCCGGGGGCUCCCACCUGGGUCUUCGGCUCUCACGGGCACAGGGCAGCGUGCAGCAGGCACAGGGCAUCCUUGGUCACUCAUCCGCCGCCGAGCAGGGCCUGGCCCAGCUGGGCAGUGCGCUCACUGCCAUCAGGGAGCAAAUGCAAGGCAUUAAUCCCAACUUUCAGUUUCUGGAUGUGUCUGCCUCUCUAUCAAAAGAGCUUGAAGCUCUCAACAGCAGCCUGCUUACCAUCAGUGCUCAGUAUCAGAGCAAGAAGACCCAGUAUGAAACCAGCCGCAGCACAGAUCUGUCUGGAGCCUUUGGGACCAUCCGAUCUGCUCACCAGACAUCCACCAACGCCAGCAGCCUUGCUGCUGCUGCUGCCACACUGCUGGCCACGUCCAGGGAGAGCCGCAGGGACGCAGCAGGGCUGGAGGCAGCAGCCGCCACGCAGAGCAGCAAGCUGCUGGCCCUCCGGGCCCAGAUGGCCUCGUCUCCCAAUCUGACUCCUACCGUGAAUAAGAUCUGUGGUGGUUUCCGAGCGGAGACAUGCACCCCAGCUCAGUGUGAGGGCUCGCUGUGCCCACAGGAUGGUGGCAUGGCCUGUGGGGAUGGCCUCAGCUGCCGUGGUGCCAGGCCAUUAGCUGGUGGGGCCCUGCGCGUGGCCGGGAAAGCUGCAGGGGAGCUGGACAGCCUGAGUGCACGGCUGCGGGAGACAGCACAGCUGAUUAAAACGACGGAGGCGUCUGCUAAUCAGAUUCAAAGCAAUGCCUUACGGCUCAUAGAACAGAUGAGCAUAACAAGAACCCAGAUCGAAGGAGAUGUCCGGCGUGCCCAGCAGUUCAUCCAGCAAGUUCGGAACUUCUUGUCAGACAAAGACACAGACCCUGCAACAAUCCAGGAAAUCAGUGAGUUUGUUCUGUCUCUACGUCUCCCCACGGAUGCUGCUGCAGUCCUGAGAAAAAUGAACGAGAUUCAAAAUUUGGCUACCAAGCUGCAGUGCCCAGAGGACAUACUUGCCCAGACGGCUGAGGACAUUGCAAAGGCCAAGCAGCUGCAGCAGGAGGCAGAACAGGCCAGGAACCGGGCAAAUGCUGUGGAAGGCAAUGUGGAAGAGGUUGUUGGGAAUCUGAGACAGGCAAACACGGUGCUGCUGGAGGCCCAGGGGGCUAUCAGGGGCUCAGGUUCUUCCCUUCGGUUCAUUCAGGAGCGCAUAGAGGAAAUCGAGGCAGUGCUUGGUCCAGCUGAGAAGAACGUGGGCUCGGUGGCAGCCCAACUGGCUGUGCUGGCGGAGGGGCUGCCUGGGCUGCAGCAGACAGCAGGGCAGAACCGGCUGCGGGCUGGUGAUGCGCAGCAGACAGCAGCAGCAGCAAGUGAGGAAGCCAACGGGGUUCAGCAGGCUUUCCAACAAGUGAAGGAUAUGUAUGCGGAGCUGAAGAGCAGGCAGGGGCAGAGCCCUGCGCUGGGAGCACAGGGCAGCCGUGUGCAGAGCAUAGACCUGGAGGCAAAAGCUCUCUUUGAGGAAACGUGGAACAUGAUGCUCCGGAUGGAAACUUUGGAGACAGAAAUUCAGGAAAGCAACAGAGCUCUGGUGGCCAAGUCAGCCAGGCUGUCAGGCCUUCAGGAGCAGGUGGGCAGGAUCCGGGAUGCCAUCCAUAAGCGAGUCACCUACUAUGAGAGCUGCUCCUGAGUGAGGCCGUGCCUUCCUGCUGCAGGCACCAACUGCUGUGUUGAUUCCCAUUUUCUGGUAGGAUUUCUCACCUUCCUAACGCCUGUAUAUUUAGCAAAUGAAAUUUCUGUCCUUUUGGAAAGGAGCUGCACCGAGCCAAAGGUGCAACCCCUGGGCAGGUUUGUGCUAGUUGGACCACUUGAAGCUGCCUGAGCAUGGAGAAGAAGGACAGACACAGAUCUGAUGGCAGAAAUAGAGAAUUUUAUCUCCAUCGUAUCUACAUAGCAAACCUCUAUUUCUACAACUAGGACAAAUGCAAUCUCAUACUCAAGAUGUGUGAAGUUGAAUGUCUUCUUUGACUUUCUGCCACAAUCUUCUUAUUUACUGUGUAACACUUUGCCAGAAAAAUAUCAGAGGGAGCAGUUCUGCAGCUGCACGGGGGAUGCUUCAGAAGGGACUUAAUAGACCAUUUCCACAUCACAUUUCUACGAAUAACCAAGAGGCACUUUACAAAACAAAACUCAGCUUUAUUAAGCAAGUAUUUAUUGUGCAAUUACAGACUUGGAAGCAGGGAAUUCAGACCUCGCUGUGGUUAUUAUCAGACAUAUGGAGGUUGCUAGCAGGUUGUCUCCUUUUGUAGCUGAAGUGAGAACCACGCAGCCUGGGCAGCUGCUUGUCACCGAGCUGCAGAGAGCUGAAGCCUGGGAGGAACCAAAAUCCAAGGAAUGGGAAGGAUGCAGGUCGUAAAAAUAACGGAGCUGCCACUGAAUAAAACUCUGCAUGGCUUUGGUUUAUAGGAUUUAUGCUGUGCAGUGCACUUGUUAUGCAUCGGACAACUUAACAGUAUACAGAAAACAAAAGCUUACAGCAUUGAGCAAUGUUGUAUGGAUAAUAUACACUGAGUAUGCUAGCAGCAGCCUCAGACUUUCCCUUGCUAAAGUGCCUUCUCCAAGCAGUAAUGAUCCAGAAGCACGCCGAGGUCACUGCGCUGAUGGAUUCCCAGCAUUACUGUGCUGCUCAUCACUGCGUCGCUGCUCUCCGUGACGCUGCUGCCUGUCAGCCCCUGGUGGGACACAACAUCCUUUCUUCUUGCUUGCACUGUUGAUGUCUGGCUUUGAAGUGCAGAAAAGAGUAAAACAGCCCUUCUGUUUCUGCAAGAGUGAGAAUUUCAAUUGGGAAUUGAACUUUGUUUUGCUAGGCUGCUGCCUUCACAAUGUGCUCUGUUAAUAGGCGGCAGCAGCAUGGGGGUUAGGAGCAACUUAGAUCCUUCUGUAUGCUGCAUUUAUAAAGGGCUGAUACAUGGCUGAUCACUGGGAUUGACCUCUUUGGAGUCUGUAGUAGAUCUUACUUGCAUUUGUCUCAUCUAUUGAUCCUUUGUACAUUACAGUUCUGUCCGUGUGAUCUCAUCAGUAGAGAAGGUCAUAAAAGAUGAUAAGAUGCAACUCACUUGAUGUAGUUUCCAGGGAGAUUUAUGCUGGCACAUGCUCCCCUUUUUGGAACACCUUCUCAGCCAGAAUCUAAUAGCAGUAUUUCCUACUGCUUAUACACAACAUGUCUCAAAUGUUAGCUUCGGAAUUAAUCUGAGCUAUGACCAAACAGGAGGAAACUUUCAUUUUCUUACUUCUCCGGUAUUUCUUGCUCACCUACAAAACCAACAUCUCCAUGCCGUGCUCUCUGCUAACACAGCAACUGGAACUGACCCAGCUGGAUCAAGUCUGGGCCAGGAAUGGGCUGUUCAGGCAAUAAUUGCCUUUGAAACCAAUUGAUUUUAGAGCUAGUGGGCUGGCCCAUAUGAAAGUAAAAGGAUGACUUCUUCCUCGAGAGAUGGCUUAAUUAGGACUUUUUCUGUUACAAAAUACCUGCAAAAUCAAUUUGUUUCUGUACAGUCACUUUGCUAGUUGUGCCUUUUCCAUUUUCAUGCUGUAAUGGGUUUAAUUGCAAGCAGCUGGCGUUGGGAUGGUGUGCACUUACCGCUGGCAAUGGGAGAUCCCGCUGGCCGCCUUCCUCAUCACAUGAUCAAACAAACUCCAGUUUGCCCAGUGCCACAGUGAGAUGAGUGCUUACCCGUCUUCAUUGGAACGAGAACUUCUGAUUUGAAAUGGCUGGAUGGAAAUGAGAGAAUUGGAAGAGAAAGAUGGGAAAAAAAAUAAAAUAAACAGCAGUAUUUAUGAUUGUUCUG